CCAGCAUCAACUCCUGGCGUUCACUGACUGGACAGCAUAGCAGCAGGUUAUUGAAUCAGUCAGCGUGCAAGGAGCUUGGUGAACAACAGAGUUAGUUUGUGCUUUAAAUAUUCAUUCGGUUUCUCUUUCCUGGACGUUUUUCUUCUUCAUCAGACAGACGGAACGCUGCGAGGUUUUGUCAUUUUAAGUCAUACAAAGAGCCGCCUCUCCGUCAGUCUCACACUCACAGCUUUUUUUGUGUGUGUUUGUGUGUGUGUGUGUGUGCGGCCCUCAUGGCGAUCGCCUCUGUGGCCACAGAGUACGUGUUUUCGGACUUUUUGUUAAAGGAUGCCAGGGAGACGAAGUACAAAGGGGUCCGUCUGGAGCUGGCCGUGGAUAAAAUAGUGACGCUUCUGGCGGUGGGGCUGCCUUUGUUUCUCAUCUCGCUCGCCUUUGCUCAGGAGAUCUCUGUAGGGAGUCAGAUCAUCUGUUUUGCUCCCUUCAACUUCUCCAUGAGACAAGCUGUAUAUGUGGACUCCUUUUGUUGGGCUGCAGUUCAGAACCAGGCUGACAACUCCACACUUUGGCUGCACAAGUUCUUUCCCUACAUCCUUCUCCUCAUCGCCAUCCUCAUGUCGGUCCCCGCCGUGCUCUGGCGUUUCACUGCAGCGCCAUACCUCUCGUCUGACCUCAGCUUCAUCAUGGAUGAGCUGGAUCGAUUUUAUAACCGCGGCAUUAAACUGGCCAAAAGUCUGGCGUCUGUCGACGACAGGGACGGAGCACAGGAGAACCAGAGUGCUUUGGAUCUGGCUGAGGGCUGCUUCAAAUACCCUCUAGUGGAGCACUAUCUAAAGACCAAGCGGUCCUCCUGUAGCCUCGUGGUCAAGUACAUGGUCUGCCGAUGCCUGACUCUGCUCGUCCUCUUGCUCUCCUGCGCCUACCUCUGCUACUACAUCUUUCUGGCGUCGCUCACCGACGAGUUUCCCUGCGACGUGCGUACAGGAGUGCUGAAGAACGACAGCGGCGUGCCGGCCGCCGUUCAGUGCAAGAUGGUGGCGGUGGGCGUCUUCAGGCUGCUCAGCUACAUCAACCUGGGCGUGUACUUGCUUCUCGCUCCUCUGGUGGUGCUGGCGGCUCUGGGGCCGGCGCGGCAGAGCUCCGGCUUCCUGCGGGCCUACGAGAUACUGCCUGGGUUCGGUGCUCUGGGCAAAGUUAAGCCCGUCUACAACGACCUCAGCAUGUACCUGCUCUUCCUGAAGGAGAACCUGAGUGAACUCAAGUCCUUCAAGUGUUUACAGGUGCUGGAGUUGUUGCAGGAGUCUGCUGAUGAGGGGUUCGACACAAUGUGCCUGCUGCAAACUCUGAGUCAGGUGAAAACUGACGUGUUGGACAGUCAGACGAUGGGCUCCAAUAAGAACAUCUCUGAGAUAGAUAAGCCCAAAAAUUAAUUAGACUGAUUACGGUGGAAUAUUGCUCCUAUUUUAGAUGCUUUGAGAUUUAAUUUGGAAUACUGGGUAAAGGUUUGGAUUAGCUUUUGUGACCCAAACAGUUCAUACAGACUUGUUUCUGCAGAAGAAGAGGAGAGGAAGAGGUGAAGAACAGGAAAGCUGAGAGGAGAACCUGUGCACUCAUUGUCACCUAAAAUGCUGGAUGCGUAGAUUUAGAGCCACACAACAAGGACAGUAAUGACUCUGGAUAGUUUGACUAAAAUAAGAUUUAGCUGUUCCAAGGAAGGCUAAGUUGGGUUUGGUUCAGGGUCUGUGGUUUGUCAGUGAAUGCCCUGUCAUUACAAAAGUGUUGUCUUUAAUCCAAGAUUGCUUUCGACACAAUUUCUGGGACACAUGUGUACUUUUGACAGGAGUAACUGUUCAUUUUAGCUGCACUUUUUGCAUGUUUUAUUUAUGUUUGAAUGGCUUGUAUAACCCUUGUAUUCGAGCCAUCCUAUAAAGUGUGCAGACCUGCAUGGACGGCUUAGCUUAAACGUGCUUUAGGAAGAGCAAUUACUGUAUUUAGAGAAGUGCUGAUAGUGUAAGAGAAUGGAAACAAACACUAAGGUGAGAUUGAUAACUCAAGACUACAGUCAAGAUGAUUAAAUUUUCUUCAAGAUGAUAGAAUGACAGAUUAGAACCUUCUUGGACUGGAGCAGCUCUUAUGUGAGAAUGCUGUUGUAAAUUAGAUCCUAGUCAACUUUUUUACUAGCAUUACUUAUCAUUAUAAGAACUAAUAGAAUUUAAUGUGUCAGGCGUUGUUUGGACUGAAUGUAAUAUAUAUAAAUAUAUAGAAACAUUUAGUAUGUGAAAAUACAAAUAAAAAUAAUUUAAAAAAAUAAAGUCAUAUUAUUUACA